AUGGCCUGGAUCAAAAUCAAAUGCCUAGAGUCCAAGAGUCAGAAAAAUCACCAACCAACCAGAAAACUACUUUGGCUCUAGCUUCUCAUAAUAUUUUUUCUUGCUGUUGCUGCUAGCUUUCCAGUCGAUUGCCAUUCCUCCUAGUUUCAGCUCUGUUGUUGUUUUUUCUCUCUUCCAGAGGAGGAACGUCCACCUGCUGUUGAGUGUGUUGGUGUUGGCUGCCUGGGGGGCUGUUCUGCUGGCCUGCCGCCUUUACUGGAUGGGUAACAAACCACCCAACUUCUCCAACUCAGACAACCCAGCUGGGGACUCCCCGUCCCUUCUCACCCGAGUGCUCACCUUCCUCUACCUGCCUGCCGUCAACAUGUGGCUCCUCCUCUGCCCGGACACGCUGAGCUUCGAUUGGUCCAUGGACGCCCUGCCUCUGAUCAGAGGCAUUGUCGAUUGGAGGAACCUUCAUACCGUGGCCUUCUAUGUGGGACUGCUCCUCCUGGCUUGGUUUGGGCUUUGCACCCGCCAGGUCAAGGGCAAGGAGACCAAUGGAAAAGCCCAUCAUGUAACAAACGGGAACGGGAGGUCCAACACCAAUGGACACAGCUAUCACCACCCUGACGUCCCCGACCAAACAAACUCUGAAACAGAGCCUCACCCUGCUGGUGCACAAAACGGUACCAAAAAGCAUUACGUCACGAGGACUCGACUGCCCACCACUGAGAAUGUAGUGGUGUUCUCCUUGGGCCUACUGGCCAUCCCUUUCCUCCCUGCCACCAACCUGUUCUUCUACGUGGGCUUUGUGAUAGCAGAGAGGGUACUGUACAUCCCCAGUAUGGGCUUCUGUCUGCUGCUGGCAGUGGGGCUGAGGUCCCUGUACGUGCGGCUGAGGCGGAGGUCCUCCAGGACUGUGUUGGUGUACUGUAGCGCCGCCAUGGUCCUUCUGUUUGGGGUCAAAACGGUGCUGAGGAACCAGGACUGGCAGAACGAGGAGAUGCUCUACAAGUCAGGAAUAUACGUGAAUCCUGCUAAAGGUAAUACACACAGACAAACAUACACACACACUUUAACAUUCUCACAUAAUAUAUUCACAGGUGGACUCUAUAUGACCUAAAGUAACAUCACGUUAAGUGAUAGCUACUCCCUGUUAAUGUGGGAGUGAAAGAAAGGGUGAAUUUUAAAAUGUACUCUGAGAUGUGAGCAUGAGUGUUCAGAGCUGCCUGUUAAAUUGUUUCCAGUAUAUCAUGGCUAAAGGACCUUUCAACACAAAGCCUCCAUUGUAAACCUACUAAAUCCCCCACUAUGGCAGACUAGAGUCUCUCUCCUUCUUACUUUUGGAGGACAUCUUCACUGACAUCCCUGCUUGAUUGGCAAUGAGGGGAAACAACAAUACUAGAAUGUUCAAACAUUCAAAUGUAGGGUCACGAUCAUCCAAAGAGUACUGAAUAGCUAGUAGUGUUACUCCUGAGAUAGUGAGCCCGGGCUAGGGACAGAGGUAACGGCAGGACAUGUUGUGUUAGCUAAUUUCCCUGUCAUAUUCUGCGGCAGAGCUGAUACAUGACAGCUGUUUAUCCUGGCAACGCAACUCAGAGCAGCAGCUACGUUUCUUCCCUGGCUCACUGUCCUCAUCCGAUGUGUGAUGAGACGCAAUGGGUCGAGUCUGAAAUAGUGACACACUCCGUUAAGCAUUGAGAAUAAGUUAUGUGAGAAAACACAGUAAAAGAGACGGAACAAAUUCACAUGGCAAGGUUUCUGUUGUAGUAUAUUCCCUUUAAAAGGUCUUAUUGUAUUUACAGUCACAUUUUAAAGUUAUUGACUUCUUUCUUCCUCUGCUCGGAUUUCCUAUUAUUGUUUUUGAGACUUUUGGGAUAUCUCUCUCAGACGCCUUAACUAAUAAAUAAAUGCAUAGCUCAAAGGAGCCUUUGGCAUAACUGAGCACUUGAUACAGUUUUUAUGAAAUGUAACCCGGGCAACCUGAAUGACUCACUAUUUGUCUUUCCCAUCAGGAGAGCAAGAAGAAACAGUGUCUAAGGGGCAGAUUGUUCACUGUAAUUCCUGUUCAUAGUUCUCUUACUGUGUACCCUGGCCUUCAGCGGUAUACAGACCGAGUUAAAUAGUGCAUAAGUGCAUACAUAAGCCCAUAUGUAUACAUGAUGGAUCCCAACUGUCCAUACUUAGCUACAGUAUUGAUUUAGUUGUCAAACAAAAAUAUUGAAGAGAAACACUAUUCAGUCGAUUUGGUUGUCAAGCCACAUUAUAUAUACAAAUGUAUGUGGACACCCCUUCAAAUUAGUGGAUUUGGCUAUUUCAGCCACACCCGUUGCUGACAGGUAUAUAAAAUCGAGCUCACAGCCAUACAGUCUCCAUAGACAAACAUUGGCAGUACAAUGGUCUUACUGAAGAGCUCAGUGACUGUCAAAGUGCCACCGUCAUAGGAUGCCGCCUUUCCAACAAGUCUGUUGUUCAAAUGUUCUGCCCUGCUAGAGCUGCCCUGGUCAACUGUAAGUGUUGUUAUUGUGAAGUGGAAACGUCUAGGAGCAACAACGGCUCAGCCGCGAGGUGGUAGACCACACAAGCUCACAGAACGGGACCGCCGAGUUCUGAAGCACGUAUCACAUAAAAAUCAUCUGUCCUUGGUUGCAACACUCACUACCGAGUUUCAAACUGCCUCUGGAAGCAACGUCAGCACAAGAACUGUUCGUCGGGAGCUUCAUGAAAUGGGUUUCCAUGACCGAGCAGCCGCACACAAGCCUAAGAUCACCAUGCGCAAUGCCAAGCAUCUGCUGGAGUGGUGUAAAGCUCGUCAACAUUGGACUUUGGAGCAGUGGAAAUGUGUUCUCUGGAGUGAUGAAUCACUCUUCACUAUCUGGCAGUCCGACAGACGAAUCUGGGUUUGCGGAUGCCAGGAGAACGCUACCUGCCCCAAUGCAUAGUGCCAACUAUAAAGUUUGGUGGAGGAGGAAUAAUGGUCUGGGACUGUUUUUCAUGGUUAGGGCUUGGCCCCUUAGUUCCAGUGAAGGGAAAUCUUAACGCUACAGCAUACAUUCUAGACAAUUCUGUGCUUCCAACUUUGUGGCAACAGUUUGGGGAAAGCCCUUUCCUGUUUCAGCAUGACAAUGCCCCCAUGCACAAAGCGAGGUCCAUACAGAAAUGGUUUGUCGAGAUCGGUGUGGAAGAACUUGACUGGCCUGCACCUCAACCCCAUCGAACACCUUUGGGAUGAAUUGGAUGCCGACUGUGAGCAAGGCCUAAUCACCCAACAUCAGUGCCCGACCUCACUAAUGCUCUUGUGGCUGAAUGGAAGCAAGUCCCCUCACCAAUGUUCCAACAUCUAGUGGAAAGCCUUCCCUGAAGAGUGGAGGCUGUUAUAACAGCAAAGGGGGGACCAACUCCAUAUUCAUGUCCAUGAUUUUCGAAUGAGAUGUUCGAUGAGCAGGUGUCCACAUACUUUUGGUCAUGUAGUGUAUGUGCAUUUUCUUCUAUAUAUGAGGUAAAGCAGUACUCAAUAUAAAUGUAUUUUUCAUAGGAAAAUACAAAUACCACUUGACAACAGAAAAUUAGCUACCAUACCUACUCCAUUCACACCGCUGAGAUUGAUUGCACCAUUUUCCUGUCUACCAGAUUAAUUCCUUAAAUUUUCACUCUAUAUUAAUAUACUAUAGAGCAGUCGUAGGGAGCUGUUGUUUUAUUCCUUUUCUAUUAGGAAAUAAUUGGCCUCUUUGACACACUGACUCCGUGGGGCAUCUUUCUUUCCUUAGUCUCUGGGCCCAGUAGCUCAGUACCAGCUGUAGAUAUGCCCUCUGUCCCAGCCUGCACAAUGCCCUCUGAUGAGUGUAAAAACCAGCCUGGUCCCUGAUCAGUUUGUGCUGUCUUUUGACAUUUGACGUGACGUGGCAAGACAAUAAAUACAGAUCAGGGACCAGGCUUUAUUUAUAUAGCACAUUUCAGACAUGAAUGCAACGCAAUGCGCUUCACAGGAAAAAACGAAUAAAAAACUAUGAAAUAUUUACUACACAACAAACAACAUAAGAGCAUAUAAACCAAAGAAUAACAAUAAAAACUGAAAGACUAAAAAAGCACCCUAAGGAAAAGCAAAGCUAUAAAGGUGUGCUUUAAGAUCUCUUUUAAAUAUGUCCACAGUUUCGGCCCCCUCAGGUUCUCUGGCAGGCUAUUCCAGAGGCACCAGGGCAUAGUAACUAAAGGCUGCCUAUCCAUGCCUCUUGGUCCUAGGCUUUGGGAUAGUUAAAAGGCCAGUGCCAGAGGUCAGUACCCGUGCUUGGUCAGUACCCGUGCUGCAGCAUUCUGAAUGUUUUGCAGUUGACCAAUGGCUUUCUUGGGUAGACCAGACAGGAGAGCAUUACAGUGGUCAAGCCUGCUUGUAAUAAAAGCAUGGAUGAGUCUCUCUGUAUCAGCCUGAGAGAGAAACGGCCACACCUUGGCAAUGUUCCUCAGGUGGUAAAAAGCUAUUUUGGUCACAUUCUUAAUGUGUGAUUCGAAAUUGAGUUCAGAAUCUAAAAUGACACCUAGGUUUUUUAGCUGGUGUUUUAUCUUUAUUAAAAUGUGCAGCCAGAUUCUUUCUCUGUGCUUUGGCUCCAAUAAUAAGUACCUCGGUCUUGUCUUGAUUUAGCUGGAGGAAGUUGUGAGCCAUCCAAGUAUUUAAAUCACUAAAACAGUCUAAUAAUUUAUCUGUGGAGCUAAAAUUCUCUGGUGACACAGAAAUGUAAAGUUGUGUAUCGUCUGCGUAGCAGUGAAAACCACUGCUGUGCUUUCUGAUAAUGCUGCCAAGGGGUAACAUAUAUAAACUGAACAGUACUGGACCCAAAAUUGAACCUUGUGGAACACCACAAGUGAUAUCUAUUUUCUCUGAGUUAUGUUCACCAACGGUGACAAAAAAACUUGACCGGUUAAAGAAAUAUUGAAACCAAUUUAGAACUGGACUGGAGAGGCCAAUCCACCUCUCCAGUCUGUCCAGAAGGACAUCAUGGUCAACAGUGUCGAUUGCAGCACUUAAAUCCAAGAGUACAAGGACAGAGAGCUGUUUGGCAUCUGUGUUGGCUCUAAGAUCAUUUAUCACUUUAACUAAGGUUGUCUCUGUGCAGUGCUGGGACUGAAAGCCAGAUUUGAAUGUUUAAAAAAAUACAGUUGGCACCAAAAAUCUUUUUGCUGUUUGAAAACCAAUUUCUCCAGAAUUUUCCUUAAGGUUGGAUAUUGGCCAAAAAUGUCUAAGAGCUGAAGAAUCUAGAUUACCUUUAUUUAGAAGACGUUUCACCAUAGAAGUUUUCAGGACAGUGAGGAAAGUGCCUGUGAACAGGGAGUGAUUAACAAUAGCUUGAACCUCUUCAGAUAUGCAAUAGGGCGGCAGGUAGCUUAGUGGUUAAGAGCGUUGUGCCAGUAACCGAAAGGUCUCUGGUUCUAAUCCCCGAGCCGACUAGGUGAAAAAUCUGUCGAUGUGCCCUUGAGCAAGGCACUUAACCCUAAUUGCUCCUGUAAGUCUCUCUGGAUAAGAGCGUCUGCUAAAUGACUAAUUAUUAUUAUAAAAACCCAAGACAGAGAUAGUGUGUUCGAAAGAGGCUGGCAGCCAUGUUGAUUGACCCUGUUAACCUUAUUUCCUCCCUCUAUCAGCAUGGGGCAAUCUUGGGAACGUCCUAAAGAACCAGGGCAAGAUGGUGGAGGCGGAGCAGGCAUACAGGAACGCCCUCUACUACCGCAGGAACAUGGCAGACAUGCUGUAUAACCUGUGAGUGUCUAUAUCAAAUCAAAUCAAAUGUAUUUAUAAAGCCCUUUUUACAUCACCAUAGACUCUGUAUGCAUACAUGAGCAUCACUGUCUCCCCUUACACACACACACAAACACGGCUGUCUAUUGAUCAGUGGCCUUCACAGAGAGGAAAUUGUGUUUUGUAUUCCUGCUGUCUCUGUGACAGUAGGUUAUUAAUCAUGCUGUGUCAGCCUGAGGGUAGGACAACAGCCAGCACAGAGCCAAUACUCAACACUAGCCCCAAGGGCUUUAGGUGUUACUCAACAUAACCUUAGGUUAUUUUCCAUGUUUAGAUUGUUUAGAACAGAACUAGAGAUUUGGUACAGUAGCAUUUUAUUUUACAGUACUGUUUCCAAUUAUAUUUAUAUAGUAUUUACUAGGAAACUGUAUUACCUAGUUGUCUUAUGUUAUUCAGUCUUAUUACAUUUACAUUUACAUUUUAGUCAUUUAUCAGACACAUUGGACUUUAAUAGUCACCUCUAUUGAGAUUUGUAGUCGUGAGAGUCCCUAACUUUCUCUGUUACUUCUUUCUCUGUAAUAGCGGUUUGCUGCUACAAGAAAACAACAAGUUCUCUGAGUCGCUCCACUACUAUAAACUGGCCAUUGGGAGCAGGCCAACUCUGGCUUGUAAGUACAGCUCCUCUUUUUGUUGACAAAUUCCAGCUCUCGGUAUAGCACAGUGCCAAUGUCCAGGCAACUGCCAAUGGGGCUGAGGGUGAGGGAGGGCACAGGCAGGCCUGCUACAUUGCUAGAUGAAUGAUUGAACACAACCUGUAGAUUAGCGUUCAAGGACAACAUGCCAACAGAUUAAACGAUUGCAUUAUUUAAUUUAAUAUCAAUCCAGGUCAAAGUCUCUCUCUCUCUCGCUGUCUCUGUCUCUGUCUCUCUCUGUCUCUGUCUAUCUCUGUCUCUCUCUCUCUGUCUCUCUCUGUCUCUCCCUCUCUCUCCUCUCUCUCUCUCUCUCUCUCUCUCUCUCGCUCUCUUGUCUCUUCUCUAUCUCUUCUCUCUCUCUUGUCUUCUCUCUUGUUCUUUCGUCUCUCUCUCUAUUCUCUUCCCUGUUCUGUCUCUUCUCUUCUCUGUCUCUCUCUCUCUUCUCUCUCUUCUCUUCUUCUCAUCUCUCUCAUCUCUCUGUCUCUGUCUCUGUAUUGCUUCUUCUGUCUCUCUUCUCUCUCUCUCUUAUGCUCUCUUCUUCCUCUGUUCUCUUCUUCUUCUUCUUUCUCUCUUCUCUCUUUCUGUCUCUCUCUCUUUUGUCUCUCUCUUUUCUCUGUCUCUGUCUCUCUCUCUUUCAUCUUUCUUCUGUCUAUCGGUCUCUCUCGUGCUCAUCGCUCUCUUCUGUCUCUGCUCUUCUCUCUCUCUCUCUCUCUGCUCUGUCUCUUCUCUUCUCUGUUCUCUUUCUGCUUCUUUUCUCUCUCUUUCUCUUCUCUGUCUCUGUCUCGUCUCGUCUCUGUCUCUGUCUCUGUCUCUCUCUCUCUCUCUCUCUCUCUCUUUGUCUCUCUCUCUCAAUGAUGAUUGUUUUCCUCUCUUACCUUGAGGAAAGUUGCAUGCAUGCUUCCUGCUAGCUCAUUAUCAGCAUCGUUCAGAUGUCAUACUGCCUGGUUAGCAGAAGUCACUAUCACGUGCUCAAUUAUUCCCCAUUGUUUUCCAUAUCAACCGAUGACAGAUAAACAGUGGAGUCCUUGAUUUCCCUUCCUUUGUCACCCAAAGUGUAAUUAAUAAUUAUGAAUAUAAUCAAGAUGAUGAUCAUAGUCCUCAUUCAUUAUGCAAUUAUUCCAUCUAAUACUGGCGAUAGCAAAAUGAAUGAGUUACCUAAAGCGGUGGUCGGUGGUGAUGGAAGUGAAGGAAUGAGAGCAAGUCAGAUAAUAGAUGUCAUUUGUCAAGGUUGUACCAUUAUUCACUGCAUUUAACUGACAGCUGGUACAACUUGGAAUCUGGUCAUUAACGAUUCCAAAAUGGCAGCUCCAUGAUGAUAGAAGAGCUCUAAUGAUAUACAGUUCCAUUCACACUGUUCUCAUAUCCAUUCUCUUUCAGACACACAUCCUUUAUGGAAAUAGUCUUCAGCAACACUCUAGCCAGGGCAAUAUAUGCCAUUUAUUCGUAGAAUGGGAUUGUUGAGUAGAAUUUGGAACUUGACCAGUUCACUUUGGAUGGACAAAGGACAGAGAGAACUGAGGAGAGGGUCUAGGUAGAACAUUAGUGUAGUCUACAUUUCAUCAUGGCAUGCUGAGGCAUACAUACAGUAUUAGUAGAGCCAGUUCGACCCCACAGACUCCCAUUCACAUUCCAUCCCCCCUGAGUCUUGAAGAUGUAUUGGCACCCCAUGGAUGUGGUAGCCAAUUGAUCCACAGUGGCUGGCCAAUUUAUUACGAAAGAAGCUUGAUAAUUACUAGUUUCAGCCCCAUAGAGCCUAAUUACUCUCUGCCUGCAUGUUGAUUGUGUAUUUGAUCUCUCGUUCCCCCCUGCAGCUGCCUACUUGAACACAGGGAUCGUCCCUGAUGAACCAGGGGAGACUGGAUGAAGCCAAGAGGACCUUCCUGACCUGCGCCGAUAUUCCCGAUGAGAACCUGAAAGACCCUCACGCCCACAAGAGCUCCGUUACCAGCUGCCUAUACAAUCUGGGCAAGCUGCUCCAUGAGCAGGGGCAUCAGGAGGUAGGAUAGAGGCGCAAAUGGAGGGCGCACAUACACAUACACACACACUCACAGGGACACACACACCAAACAUACACACAGGAACACACACCAGUGGAGGCUGCUGAGGUGAGGACGGCUCAUAAUAAUGGCUGGAAUGGAAUCAAUGGAAUGGUAUCAAACACAUCAAGCACGUGGUUUCCAUGUGGUUGAUACCAUUCCGUUGACGCCGUUCCAGCCAAUAUUACGAGCCGUCCUCCCCUCAGCAGCCUCCACUGACACACACCAAACAUACACACACAGGUCUAAAAGAGCACAGGGUCUGAGUUGUGGAAACAGUAUGGAACUAACAACAUUAAAAUGUGUGUAUUGUCAGGAGAAAUCUUCCACUACCCACUGGCCUUCUACACUAGUAUACCCACUAAUAGAGCCUAUGGGGAAUCACUGACUGAGAGAGAGGGGCUUUGUGACACUGCGCUAGCGCUCUGAUUGGCCAUGUCACUGAGAUGAUAGAUCCUUUCUCCUUCACCGUCUUAGUGACCCCUGAUUCCACACUGCAGUAGAGAAAUUACUUGUGGCCCCGGCCUGGUUGGGCCCUCGUGCCUAAUGGAUGGUUCCUUUUGUUUUAUUAUCCAUAGGAGGCCCUCUCGGUGUAUAAAGAAGCAGUACAGAAAAUGCCAAGACAAUUUGCACCUCAGAGCCUCUAUAACAUGAUGGGUAAGUGGCAAUUCUCUUUCUCUCGAACAAAACACACAAGCUGUUAUUUUUUUGUGAAAAAAUAA